AUGGCAUCCGAGGACGUGAAAGGCAAAAACGGCCUAGCCUCUCCGGAUGAGGCGGAUACUGAGCCGGCAAUGACUCCCAUCGGCCUCGCCAACACGGACCCCCCAGCCGGCAAUGGAUUCUCGCCGCUCGUAACGGUUGUUGGAUUCCAUCACGCCCGGGGACCCGAGGUGGAGACGUGGUUUGGUGCCGACGAGGGAGUUGAUCCGGCUAUCAAAUAUAACUGGCCACUGUUGCCAUUCAUGGCGCUGAGUGACGGAGCUCACGCCUCUGAAGAGGACUUUUCUUACUUUACGCUAUUGAAACCAAAGACCGACGCUGAACCUGCCACAUCACUGUUUGGCAUAUCGUGUACGCGGCAGCUCGAUGCGUCUCAACUAGUUCACCGCCCUGCGGAUGUGACCAGAUCAACAGUGCAAAAGGCCGUGGUUGUUAUUGCAGAUAGUCCACAAUCCUUUGGCAUGUUGCGUGAGCGGCUCAGCAUUGUCACCCAGGCAUGGUUUGCCCAACGCGAAUUCACAGACAUUGACAUCUUGCGCCGGUUUCAAGAGAGUCUUGCUGACGAAAAGGCCAGGGGCCUCCUGAAGGAAGAAUCUGAGCGUGACCAGCACUUGGGCAUGAGUCUGCGUGAGUUCAUUCAUGAGUUCAAGUGGCAAGCAUUAGUCUUGUUGAAGUGCUGCUUACUGCAGCCAAAGAUGCUCUUCUUUGGCUCGAGAUGUGAUCGCCUGUGCAUGGUUCAGUUUUCUCUCAUUUCUCUGAUACCCGGCUUGAUCCGCAAUCUGGAAGACUGUGCAGACGCCGAACUGGACAGCUACGAGAAGAAGCUUGCCAAGCCCACAACUUUACAGAGCAGCAAUCGAAACUCUCUGUUGACCUUUAUGGGCCUCCCACUGCAAAUCUUUGGCAAGGGUGGCUUUUUUGGGCCUUAUACGCCGUUGCAACAGCUGGAUGUCCUGGCCGACUUUGGCACCAAGUCAUAUAUUGUCGGCAGCACCAAUUCACUGCUGCUCCAGCAAAAGGACAGACACAGCGACAUCCUCAUCAACCUGGACGAAAACACUGUCAGCAUCACAUCGCCAUCUCUCAAGGCGGCACUAGCCCUUACACCUGCAGACCGUCGAUGGAUAGACUUUCUCACCCAUGAGGUUAACGAAACAUGGGACGAAGCCAACCCCAGCAGACCCAAGAAUAUGCAGUACAUCGGAAGCGAACAGUUUAUCAGAUCACAGUUCGAGGCCUACAUGCUGGGGCUCAUAUCGUCCGUCAAGUUCCGCAAUUUUCUCGUUUCACAAGGCGAGGAUCCUUCUGCCCUCGCCGCCGACAGCGAUCCUGCCGUAGACUUUGGCUCCGAAUGGAUAGAAGCAUGGAAAAAGACCGACAACUAUCGCAUGUGGGAUGCUCACACUGACACGAACCUAUUCGCCGUCUCGGAACCCAAACAUCCCUGUGCCGGGGGUCUUACCAUUGACGACAUUCAACGCCGUGUUGCCGGUCAGAUCAAAGAUCUCCAUCUUGACGAACGCCUGGCGCAGGGCCGCGACAUUCUCGGUCGCAACUUUGCCGCUGGUCGAGAAAAGGCCUCGACCAUGUUGAACAAGCUCUACUCCGACAUGGAGUACCUGCGCGAAUCCCAGCGCCGUCGCGCAGAAGAGUCCCGCGCUCAAACGCCCGGCCAAAAGUCUUCCACGGAGAAACCCCCGUAUCCCGUGGAUCUCGCCAGGGCCCAGCAGACCAUGAACUCGGUCGGCGCCAAAGCGUCCGCCUACAUGUCCAGCUGGGCAAGCUGGGCUGGAGAGAAACGCAAAACAGGUGGCUGGGCAUCUGGCUGGGGCGGCAAGAAAUCGCCUUCCCCCGGCGCGCACAACAAUCCCGCCGUCGCCACCAGUCCCAUUGACAACGACUACCAGAUGGUGAGCCCUCCCGUCUCGCGGUCCACGAGCACAGAUGACGCAAAGAGGCCCGGUACGCACGCCAGUUUCAGCGGGAGUAUUCCAAGUAGAGCCUCUGACCGGCCCGUCGGGGGGUCUUCAGAAGUGGACGAUUCCUUCCAAGACGUGGCGGGGUCGCCCUCGCCCGAAAAGGCGAGUGACGCCGCAAGGGACGAGGAUGCUGCGCUGGGCUCGAAGAACAAUGGGUUCCAGAAGGAGGACGUCACGGGCGCCAAGACGAGUCAGAAGAUGGCCAUGGCAGAGACGCCCGGGGGGGAGGAUACCAAAGUCCAAGCCAGCGAGUAG